AAUAUCGUCUGCUCAGCUGGACUUUUCCGGAAAAAAAAUAGAAAAGCUCUUUAGAAAUUUUAAAAAUUAUUUUAAUAUUUAGUAAACUAAUUUCCGAAUUAGUUUGUGAUUCGUUUUAAAUCAAGCAGUUCAAGAAUAAAUUUAACAGAAUGUUGGGAAUGAAUUGGUUGAAACGUAAACUUAAGACAAAAAUGGCUCCUAUAGAGCACAAAUAUGCACAAAAAAUGACUCGACGAUUAUCUGGGAUUUAUGCAUUUCUAGGAUGGAAUUUUGUUUCUCUUUUCUUGUACUGGACAUUUAAACAACACAUUCCAGAAGGUCCUGGAAAAACACAAAAAUACCUUGAAGUAAUGAAUGUCCCUCAUGCGACAGUCAUUGAAUUUUCCGGAUUCAAUAUGAAAAGAGUCAAUGAAUAUGAAGUUGACAGGAGAAAAGAGUAUAUGGAAAGUAAAAAGGGUACUGGAGAUGUGGAGGUGAUGAUUGAUAAAAAUUGGACCGAAGAGAGUAACUCCUGA